AAAAACAUAGUAACAACCAACAAUACCUUAAACUACUUUAAUAAUCCAUAUUUUUUUUCAGUCUUUUUAGAUCGUAAUGGAGAAGAAGAGUAGUAAUGGAGAUUGGGAGAAGAUGAAGAAAGAGAUCAACGAGCUAAUGACAGAAGGAAGAGACUAUGCACACCAGUUCGGAUCGGCUUCAUCUCAAGAAACACGUGAACAUUUAGCCAAGAAGAUUCUUGAAUCUUACCACAAGUCUCUCACCAUUAUGAACUACUCCGGCGAGCAAGAUUCGCCGCAUGCUCACGGUGGUGGAGGAAGCCCCAAGAGUGAUGAUUCGGAUCAAGAACCACUUGUCAUUACCAAGAGUUCGAAGAAGUCAAUGCCAAAGUGGACUCGGAAAGUCAUAAUUACCCCUGGAGCUGGUAUCGACAGAACACUUGACGAUGGUUUUAGUUGGAGAAAGUACGGCCAGAAGGAUAUCCUCGGAGCCAAAUUUCCAAGAGGAUACUUUAGAUGCACGUAUAGAAAAUCUCAAGGAUGUGAAGCUACAAAACAUGUCCAAAGAUCUGAUGAAAAUCAGAUGCUCUUUGAGAUCAGUUACCGAGGAAUACAUUCUUGCUCUCAAGCUGCAAAUGUCGGUUCAACCAUCCCGGUGCAAAACCCCAAACCGAACCAGACCCAAGAACACGAAAAUCUUGACAUUGUGAAGGACAGUCUAGACGACUACAAUCAUGGGGGACAUUUGCAUCACAAUCUUCACUAUCCUAUGUCCUCUACCCCAAAUCUUGAGAGUGAUAACCCGUAUAUGCUUCAAAUGAGAGAUCACAACAUGGACUUUUUCGGAUCUACGAGUUUCUCUAGUGAUCUAGGAACUAAUAUCAACUACAAUUUUCCUGCGUCUGGCUCGGCUUCUCACUCUACAUCAAACUCUCCAUCCACCAUCCCUUUGGAAUCCCCGUUUGAUAGCUAUGAUCCUAAUCAUCCAUACGGAGGAGGGUUUGGAGGAUUCUAUUAAUUCUUAGUUAUCCACUUAAAGGAGUGACUGGAGUUUUCAUAAUAGCUAAUCAAUUUCCAAUUCAAAUAUCCUAAUUACUUUUCUAUUCACGUUUUUUUGGUUUUGCUUAUUCAAGCCUUCUUUUCAGGUCUAUGUUGAAAUAAAUGGAUUUAUACUCCGUAUGAUCCUUGUUAUUUAGCUUAUAAUCCAUGGUUUUUUUACCAUAUGUUGUUGUAACACAUUUUUUUUUUUUUUUUAUAGCAAAUUUGAGUCUUCUUUUGGCUAUUAUAUUUAUCAGCCUAUAUUUGAGAUUGAAUUUCACCAAGUGGUGUUUUCACAGGCGUUGCAAAUUUUACACUGGCAUUGAUAAUGCUUGGAGAUAUUAUAGUUAAAAAAAUUUAACGUGGAAGAAUAUCAUUUGAUUA